GAACACAAAAUUACAGAGAGGACUCCAGAAACAGCUGCCAGUAAAUGAAUACUGAUACUACUGACCCUUCCAAGUAAACGAGCAACAGGAAGAGUGGUGUUCAGCAGCUACGCACCAUCACCGGACUAACAGUGGAGACUUGUUGUUGACUCCCGUCUACAUUCAUUAAGGUUUUCUGCAGUGUGAAUCUGAUUUCUUAGAAGGAAAGCCAAAGCCUUUGACAUUAAAUUAAUUGAAGAGCACAGGGCCCUAAUGAAGACUUGAGCAGAACGCUUAGAUUAACCAAGAAUCAAGAAGAGCGCUGGACCUAAGAAGACUUUGAGAAAAGCACUGAACCUAAUCAGCACCUACGGAGCUGAAACUCAAGGAGAGAAGGGGAUAAAAGACAAUGAGUUUUGAGAGUGUCCCCCAGAAAUCAGAGGUUAUGGGAUGGAACACCCAUAGUCUAUCCAACUACAUGAAACGAUUGAAGCUCUCUGGCUGUGACAAUGUGGUGAAGAGAUCCAACAUGAAUGGAGAACGCUUCCUGAACAUGACAGAGAACGAUCUCCAGAGGUUUCCCUCCAUCCAUAUUCCAAUCAUCAUGAAGAUCUGUGGUGAGAUCAACAGGAGUGAAGACAGGAGGAUGUUCGGCUGGAGGUCAAAGGAAACUCAGAACCACAAACAAGAUUUAGUUCAAGAAGAAGAAUGCUGGGAUUCUGAAGAGUUUGAUAUGAGUGAUAACGACUAUGAGAGCCCCGACAAUGAAGAGGACGACAGUUAUAUCUGUGCCAUGUCGGAUCACCCAUCACUCCAACCACCAGUGGGCGCUGCAGAGGAUAACUACAGUGAUGAGGACUACGAGCUACCUCCUUCCUCUACUGAGGAGAUCCCCCGCUUCCUCAACCCUGCCCAGACCUUGGAGAACCCUGACUACAUAGAUUCUGUUCGUGGAGAACCAUCAGUAACACCUCAAGCAGGGAGGACUCCCAGACCACCCCAGCGCCCCACACCUCAGGCUCAUCACCACUCAGCUCCCAGGGGCGACGCACUGGUCAAACCACCCCUACCCAGGCCAAACCAAUCAAAUAAAGUUAUAAAAAAGCCCCCUUUGGUCCCCCAGAUUGACCGCAGCAAAAAGCCGGGGCGGUCUACUCCCCCCAUGAAAGGACCUUCUCAUCAAUAUCCAACCACCCCAGUCACUCCUACAAGGAAGUCCCCUCAACUAAAGGCACCAGAAUCUUCUAACAGAUUCAGGUCAAGUAAACCACCAAAUGUUGACCCCACUCUGCCCUUUCACCCUCCUUCAAAGGUCACCACCACAAAACUAGGGACAGUGAGGGGCACGGACAUGGACCCCGGGUGGUAUGGAGGACUGGUGACCAGAGGCCAGGCUGAAGCUUUCCUCAGACAGGUUAACAAGGAUGCUGCGUUUCUGGUCAGAGACAGCUCCAAGGGCUCACCUGACCAGCCCUACACCCUAAUGGUGCUGAGUCAAGACAAGGUCUACAACAUCCAAAUCCGCCGCAAAGGGAACACGUAUCAGCUGGGAACGGGCCUCAUGGGUAGUGAGAGUUUCCCUGGAGUGAAGGAGAUGAUAGAACACUUUAAACACACCCCGCUGUUGCUCAUUGAUGCCAUGGAGCGAGGAACUGGAGUACACCAAGAGUGCUGCCUGCUGCACCCUGGACUACUCUCAUAACAACCAUAGACAACUCACAAUGUAAAGUUUCUUUUCAUGGAAAUCGGUCAGUGUUAUGAAGGUGCAUGUCAAGGGAGAUUAUGUGAGGUUGUACACGUUAGACAGGUCUUUACCUGUUUUUGAGGGUAGUUUGGGUACAGGUGUAAAUGUGUAGACAGUAUCCCAUUGAUCUCUGUCCAGUCAGGAAAGGUUGAGAAAUUGUACAGUAGUGUCUAUAAAUGAGAGGGGAACGAGGUCAAGACGAGAGACAGACAUUGUUGCUACAUUACCAGUCUGUCCAGACAUUCAGACAUGGAGUCCAGCCCCUUCCGAAUUUGGUCCAGACUGUAAGGGGCUAAGUGUCCAUAAUGUAUAUAACAAAGGUUUAGACUCAAAGGUCGGGUCACAGUGAACAUAAUAAAGAAGGUGGUGCCAUAAAGAUUAGCAAAACUUAAGACAAAAUGCAAGAAUGUAAUGAUAGGUUGUGCUCAAUAGAGAUAUACCUCUGUGACUAGUUUAUAUGCAAUGUUUCUACUCUGAUUUUAAUUUAAUCAGUUUUGUUUGUAAGCUGGAAUGGACAAACCAUGCAGUGAUGCCUAACUGGCAUUUGGAAACAAACAUAUUUCUUUGAUAUGAUAGAAUGAGUUCAACCUGCAGGUGGUUUCAUAAUAAGAAAACAUUGACUCUAGGCAAGGGAGUACUUUACUACCAAUUUCGAGUGAAAUAAGUUCAAGAAAUAUAAGAUAACUUUCUAAAUGUGAAAUUAUAGAAGAAACAUAUGUAAUAUGAAGUUCAUCAUCAGGAAGUGUUGCCAAAUAUGGUAUGUCAGUUUUUUACAUUUACAGAGCUAAAACAAUGAAUCAAAAAUUAUUAACAUCAAUCAUACUGACUUAUUGCAUGCAUUUUAUUAACAUUGUUCAGUAUUAUAUGUAGCCUAACUUUUAAUAGGGAAAUAUGAAGGGAAAUAACUUUAUCUGGGUGACUGUUAAUGGAGAAAUGAUGAAUAACCAUGAGACUAUAAAUUAUUAAAUUAUUAUUAUAUUCAUCUUCAACUGAUUAAUUCAGGCAAUUUAUUUUCACACAGGUUUUCGCCCUUAUCACUUAUCUCUUCUCUAUAUUCAAGUUGUUGUGAUAUUUUAAAUUUGAUUCCUGUAACCAAAUAUUACUGCAAAAUACAUUAUGAUGCAAAAGCAGGUAUUACAGGGAUGAGUUUGAUAAGCUUUCUUGUCCACUGUUUCAACACCUGUGCUUGGCUUCGUCAAUAAAACAUAUCUUGCC